AUUUUUACUGCAUAAUUUCAAAAGUGCCAAAUUUUGUGUUGUGCCAAUUUUGAAGAUUGUGUGCGAUUUGUCUAAACGAAGCUUUUUUUAACAGAAUCCAUAGGUGUAGAUGUGGGGUAAGUGAGCAUCGCAAGCAGGUGAAGACGCCCAGUAAUAGCAGUCAUGUCAUAUGUUAACAAAACUUGUUAUUUUUUUCACCAAUUCUUUGUUAUCUUUGGAAUUUCCGGAAUCCUUGGCGGUGAGGCCUUUGUAAUAAAUAGAAAAACUGUGCUCUCUCAACGGAAAAGUGUCCAACACAAUGCCCAAACUAAAGAAAUUGUUACCAGCCAUUUUUGGCACAAAUAAAGACAACCAAAAGAAUAACAAUAAAAACGACAACGGAGAUUGUGAUUCUGGAGCUGUUGAUGUUAAAUUUCCCAAAGGAAGGCUAGAAACGGAUGCAUUGCCGGUUGAUGAUAACGAAGAAUCACCAGUCAGUAACAAUAACACACCAACGCCGUCAACUGAACUUACCGAAUCUAUGGUGCGUGAACUGUCUGAUCCAAAUUACAAUUUGACCAAUGUUACAUCUAAUGAUGCUGAGUUUAUAGAAGUAGCACCGUUGAACUCGUACACUGGUGCACUGGCAUUGCAUUCAGAUAGCAGUGCUUUGACUCCAACGACACCCGGCGCUCUUGGACCGGCCACUAUGAACACCAUGAAUGUACACAAUGCCCAGCAGCAAAUGGUAAUGCAGUUCUCUAACAUUAAUCAACUGCACUUUGGUUCAGUUUAUAAUUUUAAUAGCAAUAUAAGUGGCAUAUGUAAUAGUAAUUUAAGUAAAAAACAAAGCAAAAGUGAUGAACCAACCACACCCGGAGGUACCAACGGCGCGGAGAACUCGAGAAAACAGUACCCACGUAAAACAACUACUAUUGUAGCUAUGAUGCAGUCACGCGACGAACCGAACCACCGUAUAUUGGAAACUAUAUCCACUCAUCUAGGCGAAGGGUGGAAGCAUAUUAUGCGAGAAUUGGGGCAUUCGGAAGGCCAAAUAGAGCAGGCUUUGAUUGACCAUCAAAUGCAUGGUGGAAUCAGGGAGGUCAUCUAUCAAUUGCUGCUACAGUGGAUCCGUGAUGCCGAUGAUAAUGUAGCAACGCUCGGACACAUUACUUCUUUACUUUGGGAAUUAAAUCAUCGCGAUUUAGUGCAGCGUAUGAAAUUGGUAUAUAAAUCGGAUGGCGACAAAAGAAAAAAAUCCUCAUAACAAUGAUAAAUGGGAAGAGUGUUUUACAUUGCACCAUGUCCAAGGAGUAUGCAUUUAUUGAUAUGCGUACAAAAUAAUUUUUAAUUUGCUCUCAAAGGGCCUUUCUGGAUUUUAGAUUCAUGUAUGCUGCAUAUACAAAAUGGGAGUAUUCGAUAUUUGUUGUAUGUACCUACCCUAGUAUUGUGUAUUUCGUCUCCUGAAAUGCAAAAAGCCGUAACUAAUAUAAUCAGUAAAAUGAAAUCGUAACUAGUAAAAAAUUCAAAACUCAAUUUUUGAUUGAUAUGAUGCUUUUCAUCGUAUUACAACUUUGCACAUCUUUUUAUGCAAAAAAAAUCAUUUUUUUUGGAUUUUUUGCAUUUCAGUGACGAUUUGUGGUAUUUACAGUUUUUGGGAGAUAAUGUAGUAAAAUUUUAACACAAAAUGCAUGCAUAAAUACCACAAAUACAGAAAACAAGGGCAUAUAUGCACAACAAAUCUCGAAUACUCAUAAUGUUUCAUUUUCGUUGUUGUUUUAAAAACCAGUAUCUAAUACUGGUGCAUUUGAGCGUGGAAUAUUGAUAUUAGUUAUUGAUAUUUUAAAGAUAUACAUAAAAGUAAAUUAAGUUAUAUAUUAACCAAGCACAUGUAUUGCAAACCGCUUAAUGCUUUCAAAACAUUCAAUGAGAAAUAAGUUCGGUUAUAUAUCGCUUUAAACCAAGAAAUUAAAAGCGAUGGAACCGAAUUUAUCAACUGUAAAAAUAUUGUGAUUUGUUUAAAGUUGGUAGUUCUUUCUGGCAGAUAUUUAUGCUUAAUGUUGCUCGGCACUGGCACGAACUGAUUUCAGUAAAAAAUGCAUGCCUGUAACUGGAUUGUCGUCUACUUGUAAAUCCUUAUUAUAAAGCAAUCUUAAUAAGUUAGAAGUAAAAUAUGUAAUUAAAUUGUUUUUCUUAAAAAUAUUAAAUAACAUUUGAAUGAACUACAUAUUGAUGUAUGUAUGUAGAUCCCUUAAGCUUAAGUUAAAAAUCAUUGUCCAAAAUAGUACAGGUAUCUAUAAAAUAAUUAAUUGCAUUUUCGUUCGAAUAUAUUGUAAAUAGUAAAAGUGUUUAAGAAAAACCUACCAUUUAAUUUUUUGUUAGACAAACAUUAUUAAAUUCCAAUAUAUUGCGACUAAAAUUCACUCUGAUUAAAAUCUAUACGUGUAAAUAAUUGUAAAUAAAUUUUAUUUAAUAAAGCAAGAAAAUGUAA